UAUCACUGUGCAGACUGUCAAGAGCGAGUGUCUGCAGAAAAAUUGGUUCGACUCAGGCAAUUACCAGCCUGCGUGAUUAUUUCCCUGAAGCGCAUGGCAUAUGAUAUGGAAAGCCAGCAGCGAAUCAAGAUUCACCAGCGCUGUGAGUUUCCUCUCGACCUCGACUUACGACCAUACAUGUCUGAUGCAGCAAUUUCAGCCGCCGAGUUGUAUAGGCUCACCGGAGUGGUGGUACACUCUGGCUCAGCUCAGUCUGGGCAUUAUUAUGCGUUUGCUCAGCAGCGCGAUUCUUCCCAGUGGCUGCGCCUUGACGAUCGUCAGGUUACGCCAGUGAGCACAGACGUUCUCUUGGAGCAAAGCUAUGGUGGGGUCAAGCGAGUUGAUGCUGAUGCGUCAGUCUCCUCGUACCUUAACGCAAACGAGAUGAAAGCCUAUUCAGCCUACCUGCUCGUCUACGAGCGUGUUGAGCCC